AUGCCAAUUACAACUUUGAUAAUGGACGCCGUAGACAGUAACUCCAGAACUCAGUUGAACGAUAGCAUAUCUAUGCCAGCAACACUACCAAAAAUCACUGCCACUUCUUUUGAUAGCGACGUAACCACGUCGUCAAUUGAAAGUGGGAAUCUUCGAAUGUUGCAAAACCCAAAGGAGGUUCUGACAGCGUCUGAUCUAUCCACAGGUACUCUAAGUCCUCCAGUGGGACAACCGAUCAUAGAAAGGGCAACGUAUUCUGAGACUGACGUGUACGAAUGCUAUAUCAAGGGCAGCGAAUCGCGGAUUGUGAUGAGGAGAACACGCGACGAUUGGGUAAACGUAACCCAAAUAUUUAAGAUUGGCAAGUACACGAAAAACCACAGGACCAAGAUUCUGGAAAAAGAAUCACAGGACUUAGAGCACGAGAAAGUACAAGGUGGCUACGGUAGAUUCCAGGGGACGUGGAUACCUUUGGAGAGCGCACGUAAGCUAGUAGAAAAAUAUGGUAUAACGAACCCUGUGGUUGAGGCAAUAUUACGCUUUUCGUUGGACCCCAUGAAUCCGCCGCCAAAGAGAACGAAAAACAGCAUUCUCAGAAAGACGUCUCCGGGGAAAAAGAUAUCGUCGCCUUCAAGUUAUAACAAGACACCAAAGAAGAAGAACAUGAGCGCGUCAGGCUCACUCACAAGCGGCAACUCCUUACUAUCUACAACGAAAAAGAACUCCAAAAGAGGGGCCAACCCCAGUCCUUUACAAAACUUGGUUUUCCAAACCCCGCAGCAAUCUUACAGGGGGUCAACAGCUGUAACGGAACCGUACGAAGUUAGCUAUUCUAAAGAAGCAUUGCAAACAUUUGACGAAAGCGGGAACUCUACGAUAUCGCUAUUCAGUUCAGACAGUACACCUCGGACCAAUGAAUAUUCAGCAUCACAAAAACCUUUGCAAUUUUAUCCAGUUCCUACGAGUUUGAACAGCUCUAGAAGUAAGCCUGCAAAUGAAAUGGUGGCUAACGAAAGAAACAAUACAACUGCCGGGACGGACAACAAAGCACCGAAGACCGGAAACAAUGGCGAAAGAGUCUUACGUACUGCUAAUCCUCCAUCGCAACAACCAAGUUUCGUUAAUUACAAUGCUAAGAACAGCACUGUUGAAAAGAGGCCCAGCAUAAAGUCAGUAAAACCUCGUGAUAAGGUCAUAUUUUCAAAUAUGAACAAAAAUAACGUGAUGAUACACGGUAGAUACAACACAGGGAAACGUAAUUCUGAACAACAAACUCAGUUAGAAUUACAGCAAAAAAACUCCCAACGACCACAACAGGAGACAUUAUUGGAUCAUUUUCACAGCAAUAGCGGCACCCCAAGUACAGAAAUUGGCCACGAACCAGCUUUGUCUGCCGCUGAGACCCAACAAGCCACCGUAUUAGACGAGGAGGAGUACAAAAGAGCGAUUCUAAACUCUUUAUCAGUAGAGAUUACCCCAGAUACUUUAUACAUGCUUCCGGAAGAGCUUUACCAUCCGCCACCAAACCUGGAAAUAAACUUUGAAUUAGAUGAUCAAGGCCAUACACCGUUGCACUGGGCUGCGGCAAUGGCAAAUAUACCUCUACUGAAGCUUCUUUUGGCCUUAAACUCGAAUGCUUUGUAUUGUAACCAUAAGGGAUUCAAUUGCAUAACGAAAGCUGUCUUCUACAACAAUAAUUUCAAAAACGGAACGUUUGCAGAGUUGAUAUCGAUACUAAGAAUUUGUCUUAUAACACCAGAUAAUAAUGGUCGACUACCACUGCAUUACCUUGUAGAGCUCAGUGUCAAUGACUCAAAGGAUCCUGUAGUUGUUACAUCGUACACGGAACAGAUUUUGCAGGAGUUGGGGAAAUCUGAUUACAGGCUUUUACAAAUGUCGUUAAAUCGUCAAGAUUCUGCUGGAAACACGCCCUUGCAUCUAGCAGCCUUGAAUUUGAAUUUAUCGUUAUUCAAUAAGCUAUGUCUACUGGGAUCAUCAGUUGAUAUGAUAAACAACGAGAAACAGACACCAAUUGAUAUAUUGUCACAGUUUAACUUAAUGUUGCCUACAAAACCAGACGGAAAUGACGCUGUAGGUGGUAUUGUUGAAGAGAAUAGUAAUGAAUUGGUUGAUCAACCAAAACAACGACAUGACAGGACAAAACCAAUCUUCAUUCAAAAAACACCCAAGAACGAGUCGGCAAGACAGUUUUUGUCUACACAUGACGAUAUCACUAACAACAGCAGCUCUUUGAAUUUGAUAAUGGAAGACCUAUCUCAUAUUGAUGAGCUUGUGACUUCUUCUGUUGUAAAAGACCCGAAAAUACCCCAGCCAAUCUUAACUUCACCCAUGCUGCAGUUGAAACAGAUUGAAGAGAACAGUGGUAACCUAAUAAACUCUAGGAAUAACAAUAGCAUGGCACUAAAAAUGCUACCGUUGUCGAGCUCUCCAUCGCCCAAGAAACUUCGUUCAGGGAGACCUUGUAUUUCCAAACUAAGCAGUAGAAUAGCGAAUGUAUCCAAAAGACUAGUAGAUGCAAUCGACGAAGAUAUGGCAUCUAUAAUCAACGAGCAGCAAUCUAUGGAGGAAAACUUAAAAUCUUUGCGAAAAAACCUCGAUACAGUUAAAAAGAGGAAAGAUAUCAUAUAUUCGAACGUCAAAGUGAAUUCAUUAGAAUCAAUGCUGGAAAAAGUGGACGCUACCAGAAAUACCCUUUCCUUAAAGCAGGAAAAAUUCGUCAAGACCAUCGAAAAGUCUCAAGCGCUACGCCUGGCAACAAUAGUUCAAGAGGAAGAACAUAACUGUCUUACUGAAGAACAAUCACCAGAUAUUUUACGCGACGCCGUUACGUUGACCGUUUUGCAAUUUAAAAGAAGAAUGUGGCUAAAGCGGUUAAGUGUUGACAUUACAAAUCACACUUUUACAAAGAAAAUCAAAAAGUAUAAGCAGUUAAUUGGUCUAACAUUCGAAAAUAUUGAUACCAAACUGGAAGAAAUUGAGAGCGAAUUACAAACGGAUCUGAAAUGA